AUGAAGUCCUUCACGACCAUGCUGGCCCUGCCAGCCCUCUUCAUCGGCGCUUUCGCUGCCCCAGCCGUCUCUCCUGAGAAGCGCCAGGUCACUCAGGUCGUUUCGACCGUUCAGGGCCUCAUCGAGGAGGUCACUACCAUCACCUCCAAGCUCAGUGAGUCACAGCUUUGCCAGCGCGAGCAACCCCCAUAGUAUCUAAUUAUUGUACUAACGCUACGUGCACUCUAGACGUCACUGUUGAGAGCUAUACCUCUGUUGAGAGUGUCCCCAACUCCGUCGUCGUGACUGUCCAGACCGAGCUCAAGAGCCUCGCUGAGCUCAUCGAGAAGACCACCACCAUCACCUCCGGCCUCCCAAUUGUCGGCACCGUUGCCACUGGCGUUGUCGGCGAAGUCGUUGACGUCGCUGCCUGCCUUAUCACUGAGAUUGUUGCCACCCUCGGCAACGUUGAGAAGGUCGUCCCUCUCGGUGAGUUCUAAAAUACCCAGCCAGUCAUUCCAGCAACGGCGCUAACAUCUCCUCACAGAGCUGAUCACCACCGAGGUUACCUCCGUCACCUCCGUCCUUGGCGGCCUCCUCACCACCAUCGCUAAGCUCCUGGACAUCGGCAACCUCAUCCAGCUCGUCACUGGCCUCGUCGGCGGUGUCCUCCCUCUUACCAGCGUUACCUCCAUCCUCGGCGGUACCACCUCCGUCACCUACCUCCUCGGUGGACUCUAG